GCGUGAUCAGGCUGCGGCUUGAUAAGCCGGCAAGAAUCCUCGUAAGCCUGUAACCCCUCUCGUACGGCUGGGUCGUCCCCUCGCACAUUUAUCCCUCUUGGUCCACUUCUCCCUCGUCGCUUACCCUGGAUCCCAUAUCAUCUAUCUGAGUUUACGCUAGUUUUCAGUCGUUGGUGUUGAUGUUGUAAGGAUGAGGCGCUUCUUCCGAAAAAACCGGCACAAAGACCGCGACAAAGCCGAAGCCCGGCCUCGAGAAGCUCCACAAGCGGAAAGCUCCACAACCCCGACCGCCGUGCCUCAGCCGACUGCGUCGACGAGCAAACAAACAAUGGUUUCCACCGCGGCAGUUGCGUCAAAUUCAAGCUCAGGUUAUCCAACAGGCAUUAACCUGUUACAUGAUCCGGCUGAAGAAAGAGCCGUAGUUGACAUCGUCUUCGUCCACGGGCUCAAAGGCCACCGCGAGAAAACUUGGACUGCCGAAAAAUCGUCUCAACCUUGGCCCAAGGCACUACUCCCAUCCGAAAUACCAAAUGCUCGAGUUCUGGCAUAUGGAUACGAUGCAGAUGUGGCUAAGGAAAUUUCCGAGACCGAACUGAAAGCUCUGCACGACCUAUCAUAUUUGUCUGCCAUAGUUUAGGAGGACUAGUCUGUCAAGCUGCUCUUGCCCAGCGCAGCAUCCCAUCCAAGCCG